AUGCUCACUGGCCUUGCCCAGUGCCUGGUUUUGGAGAAGGCCACAAAGAUCCCCGAGGGAUGGUCGCUUGAGGAGCACCCUGUCGACGAGGCGCAGCCACUUCGACUAUCCAUCGCCUUGCGGGAGCCUCGAAUGCAAGAUCUGGAGCCACUCAUCGUCGACUCGCGCUCCAGCUUCUUAACGAGGGAAGAGACUCAGACACUACGACGACCAGAAGACGAGGACGUUGCAGCCGUCCAGAAGUGGCUUGCCGGGUACGGCAUUGCUUCAACCCACCAGGAUGACUGGAUCAAGGUCCAAACCACCGCCCACGAGGCUGAGAAGCUUUUGGAUAUGAAGCUCGGCCGCUACUCAUUCGAGGGGAAAGCGCCCGUGUUGCGCACACGCCAAUACUCCGUUCCCGAUGACCUGGCUGAGGUGAUCAGUUUCAUCCACCCAGUGACGAACUUCAUGACGCCAAAAACAGAGCUGUCCCAUCCCUCGCCCCCUCGAGAUAAGGUCCGACGCGACGAUCUACCAUGUGCCGAUCAGACCACCCCAGACUGCAUCCGAGAGCUGUACAAGAUGCCAUCCCCCAAAACAAACAGUACCUCUUCGUCUGUUCGCCUAGGGAUCGCGGGGUUUCUGGAGCAGUAUGCAAACUAUCUGGAUGUUGAGGUUUUCCUCAAGCGCACAGCCAAGAGCAUUUCCAAGACUGGGUACAAUUUCACCAUCGAAAAGGUCAACGGGGGCGGAGACACGCAGAACCCCAUGAAGUCGGGUUCAGAGGCGCAGUUGGACGUGGAAUAUGCCAUGGCCAUCGGUUACCCUUCCAAUGUCAACUUCUAUUCGGUCGGUGGUCGCGGUGUCCAGCUGAACGAUACUGGGAAGCCAUUGCCGGAGGAGGACUCCAGCAACGAACCAUACCUCGAAUUCUUGGACUACUUGCUUGCCAAGGAAGACGACGAAAUCCCCCACGUACUUUCGUUUUCGUACGCGGACGACGAGCUGUCGGUUCCGCAGCCCUAUGCUGGGCGAGUGUGUUCCAUGCUUGGUCUCCUGACCGCCCGUGGUACCACCAUUCUUGCAGGUUCAGGAGACGGAGGCGCAGCCGGGGCACGGAACUCUUCCUGCCAGACAGCCGACGGUAGGCCCGUCACCAUGGCUGUGUUCCCUGCCUCGUGCCCUUGGGUCACGGCGGUCGGUGCUGUCCGCAACGGUGUCGAGCCCCCCGAGGGAGCCACGUUCAGCGGUGGUGGCUUCUCGCAGUACUUCAAGCGACCAUCAUGGCAGGACGAAGCCGUUGAGGGGUACGUCAAGAGUUUGGAUGGAUAUCUGAGCGAGUACUACAACGCCGGCAUGCGCGCCACACCCGAUAUAUCUGCCGUUGGCACCGAGUUUGAUGUGACGAUUGCCUUGCAAAAGUUCUAUCUCGACGGCACAAGCGCAAGCACCCCCGUGGUAGCCGCUAUGCUCGCGCUCAUCGACGAGGACAGGUUCAAGGCCGGCAAGAAGUCUCUGGGCUGGAUCAACCAAAGGCUGUACAAUGACACAGCCGUCCAGGACAGUAUUCGGGAUGUCAUGAAUGGAACGAGUGCAUCUUGCGAUUUCGAGGAAAAGGGCAAGCCUGGAGGCUGGAAAUCGGCGGAGGGUUGGGAUGCCAUCACCGGCCUAGGUGUGCCACGGGACUUUCCCAAGUUCCGCGAUGCCCUGUAUAAUGACUAUUAA